AUGACUCAGACCCAUGGCAACGCUCUAUUCCUCAUCCUUGUUUUGGGAUUAGGAGGAAGCUUUCAGGUCGGCUUCCAUGUCACUGGACUGAGUUCUCCUUCGCCGUACAUCCAGCGCUUCAUCAACAGCAGCUGGUAUGAUAGAUACGGAGAGCCUCCACAUCCGCAGACGGUCACAAUGAUCUGGUCUCUUAUUGUUUCCAUGUUUGCUGUCGGGGGACUCUUAGGUGCCAUCAGUGUCAAAUUUAUGUCAGACUUGCUGGGAAGAAAAAAGGCAAUGAUCUGCAACAGCUUCAUUGCUGUUCUUGCAGCAGGAUUCAUGCUGGCAAGUAAAAAUGUCAACUCUUUCGAAAUGAUCAUUGUGGCAAGAUUUCUGUUUGGUUACUCAGCAGGGUGGAAACCAGAGGCCAGAAAAGAGAGACCAGGAAACGCGGGUAAAGCUGACGGAAGAAAUACAGAGGCAACAUGGAAGAAAACAAGCAGACGGACCAACAAGGGACAAAGGGAAGCACACACAAUAAAUACACAUAAGGAUUCCAGCUACUGGGUUCCAUACAUUACUGUGAGUUUGAUGGUUGUCUUCAUCAUGUUCUUUUGUGGAGGACCUGGAGGAGCCACACCAACGCUCAACAGUGAGCUCUUCAUUCAGUCUAAUCGAAUGGCAUCACUCGUCCUCACAGGGCUGCUGCAGUGGUUUAUGUUUGCAGUGAUGGGCCUGGUCUUUCCAUUUCUCAUUGAUGCUCUCAGCUCAUACUUAUUUUUGCUGUUUGCCUCUGCCUGCAUGCUGGGUAGUCUUUAUACCUUCUUCCUUUUGCCUGAGACUAAAGGCAAGACCUUGCUGGAGAUCUCAGCGGAGUUUAAAGCCAUCACUGUCUGUGGGAAAUCCUUUGCAGAGGAAACGAGAACAGAGACCAGGUUGUGAUGAGGACCGCGUAUAGCUACAGCAAAAAAC